AACGCAAAGCUUCGCCUUGAAGAAUUUCCCGAUACUGGCAUUAGGUGCGGAGCUAGUGUAGCUUAUUGAUUAGUUAUGGGAAGCUCUUGACAACUGAUAGCGUGUAACUUGUAUGCGGCCGCAAAAUGUGACGAAUAGUACGCAGAUAAAAACAAUACAUUAUAUAUAUAUUUUUAAAUAUGUAGUUUAAAGAGACGUUUCUGUAAAAUAUUUAUUCAUAUCACCAUGCAGCCGUAAACUUCAACUCCUUCGAAGUGGAUGUGUAUUUUAAGCUUCAACACUUAGUUUGAACAAGAUGGAAGUUAUCACACCAUAAACGUUCUGCGGUGACUGACGAGAUGGGAAAAUGGGAGAUAUCAAUGAACCCAGUGCAGGAGUGGGGGGAGGAGUUUGAGGAGGGGGCGUUGUAUGGGAUCACCCUGCGUCGGGAGCCCGUCCAGAUACCAGCCAGCCCCACCGAGGCCCGGCCAUGCGUUGCCUUCGUCCAGUACCGGACCUGCAAGGUGCGCAGGCUGAAGGCAGCCACCCUGAACCGGCUGGUGAGCCACCUCCUGGACCCCUGCUGCCAGGAGCCCGACUACAGACGGAUCUUUCUGUCCACCUACCAGACCUUCACCACUACCAGGGCACUCAUUGAGCUGCUCUUCCAGAGGGACAAUGGGGCUUCAGACGUGUACAACAGUGAAUGUCACAGGAGGCGUCUGUUGCCCCUGAUCCAGACUUGGUUGGAGGAGUACAGUGAGGACUUCCGGGAUCCUCCUCAGCACCCCUCCCUAAGGCUGCUGAUCGACCACCUGCACAGCCUGUCCUCCUUCUGUUCACUGGCCCAGCGCUCUGAAACUCUGCUUAAGAAGUUCCAUAGAGAAGAAAUGGAUACUGGUGGCCAUUCCUCCCAGGCUGAGGUUAAUCAGGAAGAUGAGCGCUCAGGGGAAGAAGUCCUAGAAUGGGACAGCCCGCUGGAUCAGGGUGAAAUCAUGGACUUCUCAGUCACAGGCAUCGCAGAACAACUCACCCGACUGGAUGCUGGGCUGUUCGGGAAGGUGGUUCCCUACCAGUGUCUGGGCUGUGUGUGGUCCCAGAGAGACAAGAAGGAGAACCUGUCUGCUACCGUCAGCGCCACCAUUGCCCAGUUUAAUGAAGUCACCAACCGAGUCAUCACCUCCCUGCUCUGCCGGCCCACCUCCAGCCCCACUUCUGUCCACAGGGCCUCCAGCCCAGCUCAGAGGGCCUGCGUCAUUGAGAAGUGGAUCAGAGUAGGACAGGAGUGUCGGCAGCUGAAGAACUUCUCCUCUUUGAGGGCCAUCCUGUCUGCCCUACAGUCCAAUGCUGUCUACGGGCUGAGGAAGACGUGGGCUGCUGUGUGUAGGGACAGCGUGGCCAUCUUUGAUAACCUCUGUGAAACCUUCCCCGAUGAGAACUGUGUGUUGAGCAACAGAGAGAUCAGUGUGGAGAGCACCUCCGGUGGGGUGGUUCCUUACCUGGGCACGUACCUGACUAUCCUCACAAUGCUGGACACUGCUCUACCAGAUACUGUGGAGGGGGACCUCAUAAACUUUGAAAAGAGGAGGAGGGAGUUUGAGAUUCUCUCUCAGAUCCGGCAGCUCCAAGCCUCCUGCUCUCAGUACAACCUGCCCCAUCACACCAGGAUCACUGCCUGGUUGCAGGGCCAGAAGCUGCUCACUGACCAGGAGAGCUAUGAACUGUCCAGAAACCUGGAGCCUCCAAUAGACCUCUGCUCACCAAGCGCCCGGAGCAACCGUUUGCUCAGCAAGAAACUGUCCUCACUCCUGAAAGUGAGUGAGGAAUCCAGCAGGAAAACCCAUGCAGACCAGAUCAGUGUGUCGUCUUCAGGGUCCAGUGGCUCUGAGAUGGAGGAUCUCUCCACCCCUCCCUCCACACUCCGACUGCAGUCUCUGUCCAGCUCCUGUCAAAAUGUGGCGGAGGCCUUACCCUCCUCCCCGGAUGGCUCCACUCCCUCCAGUUGUUCCUCCAGUUCUCAGCCUGACCUCUCUGCUCCAGUGGCUGCCCACCCUAAACCCAUGCUGGCCUCUCAUCACAAGCGCUCUGUGUCCAUGACCUCCCUCCCCCUCUACAAUAGACAGGUGGCUGACUCCUGUAUAGUGAGGGUCAGUGUGGAGGCUGGCAAUGGCAACAUGUACAAGAGCAUCCUGCUGACUAGUCAGGACAAAACUGCCCAGGUGAUCCAGAGGGCCCUGGAAAAACACAACCUGGAGCACCUGACCUGUCAAGACUUCACCCUCACACAGUUGAUCUCCCAGGAAAGAGAGUUACUCAUUCCGGACAAAGCUAACGUCUUCUACGCCAUGUGCACGUCGGCGAACUUUGACUUUGUUCUGCACCAGUGUCCACUGGGUCAAAGGAAACCUCUGUGUGCUACUUCCAGCCUUGGACGUUAUUCAAAGUAGACACCGUUCUAUGGCAAUGAUGAGUAACUGCAAACCAGGACUUCAAAGGAUUUUGUACAGACAUUUGUAGUUUUGUUUUUAAUAACUUUCUUUUAUGACAAAAAUCAUGUUUAAAUGUUCCAUGAUGGACAGACCCCUGCUUGGUUUGUUGUCAAGUGGGUGCCAUUAGAGGAACAGGUGGAAGAUGAUAGUAUGAUGGCACGUCAUGUAAAAGUGUUUAAAAGUGUUUAAAAUACAUGUGAAGACAACAGAUUUGGAACCCAUUGAACAGAAUGUCCUUUAUUUAUUGGUGGAGCGACUCUACAUGAAUUCCACCAUUCAACACUCAACAUUCCUCACAGACUUCCCUGAGGUGCUUUACGUUGUGGAAAGGAGUCACAUUGGAACAGCAUCAGCAGUGACUCUCUCCCUCAGUCACACACCAAUAUACAGACACUUAUAGUUGUUUCCUAUUGUCUCCUCUCCUCUGAGCAAAACCAGUCACCUACUUGUUUUAAUGAGAGAGAUGACUGACGUUUCCCAACAGAGAGAAACAACCCAUGAGCCUUAAAGGGAAAUUAGGUAAUAAUAAUAAUAUAAUAAUAAUAUAUGCCAUUUAGCAGACGCUUUUAUCCAAAGCGACUUACAGUCAUGUGUGCAUACAUUCUACGUAUGGGUGGUCCCGGGGAUCGAACCCACUACCCUGGCGUUACAAGCACCAUGCUCUACCAACUGAGCUACAGAAGGACCACAGGAGGUCACAGGAGACGGCCUGCCACUGCCACCUGAGAAGUGGAUGGGAAUGUACUCACCCGGAUCACUAUGUUCACCAGGGUGUCAGCCCGCCGUCAUGGCGAUACUGAUUGGGGCUGUGCGUGCGAAAGGAGGGGCUGGCCUGACUGGCUGGAUAGCAUUCCACAUACACUACAGUCAGUUGCUGUAGAGGGGACACUGACAAACAUUUAUGGACUCAGGCUGUCAAAGUUUAAAUGAUGGUGAUAAUGAUGUGUGUGUUGUAAAGGGUUCUGGGUUGCAUUUCAGUGUUAAUACUUAGUUUUUUUCCUGUUCUUUUGACAUUGUUUUCUAUUUGUCUCCUAUAAUGCUCUUGAUGAUUAAGUGGGCCUCCAUGGCUGUGUUGCCUAGCUACCCAAACUCCUUGCUCCGGCCAAACGCCACGCCCACGGACGUUAGUUUCUCCUCUGCAAUGAGUCUGGAUCUGAGUACCUCCCCAAUGAUUUCUAGAAUGGAAAUCCAUUCUAGACCGUCUGAUUGGUCCCAGAAACCGAUGGGUUGGGCCAGAGCCAGAACACGUGGGUAAAUCGGCGUUUUGAACAUUCGUCAUUGGCUUUGAUAUGCUGAUGGGUUAGAGAUGAUCCAACCGCUGAUGCCUUGUUUUGUACAACACCCCUCAAUUUGACGUCACCACAAACGACUUCAAUGAUCGCACUCUCAGACUGAAGUCUGUUACCAACGAUAGAGCAGCGGAAGAAUUCAGUUUGAGUCGUCAGGCAAGGCUGUGUGCACUUGUCAAUUGAAUAUACAAAUAUUCUGAAAAUAAUAUAAAGGUAACAAUUUAAACUAAGUUCAUAUAAGGAAAUCAGUCAAAGUAAAUACAUUCAUUAGGCCCUAAUCUAUGGAUUUCACAUGACUGGGCAGGGGUGCUGCUGUUGGUGGGCCUGGGAGGGCAUAGGCCCACCCAGAGUGG